ACCAGAAGGGGCGGAGCUUCCGCCAGGAAGCAGCGCUUCCGCCGCUAUGGUUUCUCUUGGGGUGGUUGGCAUUUUCCUCCUCUCUGCUCUUCCCCUCUUGUGUCUGGAGCUCCGGCGUGGGAUCCCAGAUCUAGGAAUCAAAGAUCUUAUUUUGCUGUGUGGCCGGAUUUUCUUACUGCUUGCUCUUCUUACAUUAAUUAUUUCGGUGGCUACCUCAUGGAUUAACUCGUUUAAAUCUACCCAAGUUUAUCUGAAAGAAGAAGAAGAAGAGAAGAAUGAGAAAAAGCAAAAACUUGUGAGGAAAAAACAACAAGAGGCACAAGGUGAAAAGGCCAGCAGAUACAUAGAGAAUGUUCUAAAACCUUACCAGGAAAUGAAAUUGAAAAGGCUGGAAGAACGCUUUUAUCAGAUGACGGGUGAAACCUGGAAGUUAAGCAACGGACAUAAACUUGGGGGUGAUGAAGAUUUGGUGCUUGAAAGUGAGAGUCAGACAUCUUCUGAAACAUCAAACAGAGAAGCAGCAAAGAGACGAAACUUGCCUAAGCUUUUAACCAGAGUUUCACCACCUGCUGCACAGCCCACUCAGAAGAAGGUUCUCGAUUUACCUGAAGAACCUCCUGAAACAGCUGAAGAAGUCGUGACUGUUGCUCUCCGAUGUCCCAGUGGGCGUGUCCUGAGGAGAAGGUUUUUUAAGUCUUGCAGUUCACAGGUCUUGUUUGACUGGAUGAUGAAAAUUGGGUACCACCCAUCCCUAUACAGCCUUGCCACCUCCUUUCCCAGAAGGCUUCUGGAAGUGGAGGGAGGCUGGUCCCUGCAGGACCUAGGAAUAACCGUGGAUACCAUACUCAACGUGGAAGAGAAGGAGCAGAGCAGCUAGUUAAGAAAUGCAGACCAUCAGUUCUGCAUGAAAUCAGUUGUGCUGUGGCCUUACAGGACAAUAAAGGAUUCACAUUAAAAUUGUGCCCUACCUUGACUUAGCUCAAGGCAGUAAACACUUUUUUUUUUUCAUUCUUUUUUUGGCCAUCCUUGAAGCAUAUGGAGUUACCAGGCUAGGGGUCAGAUCUGAGCCGCAGUUGUGACCUACAUACAGUAGCUGUGGCAACGAGAUCCUUUAACGCACCACGCCAGGCCGGGGAUCAAAACUGCAUCCUGGCACUGCAGAGAUGCUGCCUCUCCUGUUGCGCCCCAGUGGGAAUUCCCUUAAACACUUUAGUGUUGAUCUCCAUGGGAACAUAAAUGGACAUAAAGAAUUAGAAGAGGAUUGCUCUCUUGAUGUGAUCAUUUUGGGAGUGUGCCAUCUUAUAAUAAACCAAAUGAGAACUUGGUAGAAAUGUA